CGCGCGUGCAAGGCCACACUGUGCGCCAAUCGAUUUACUUUGUAAAAAAAACACACCAUAAAUCCGCAAAGUUGUCGCCGAAUAGCGCAAAACUCGCGUUUUCCGUAGCCCAGUGCACAAGAUCGGAGACCGCACGUCGCCGUAUAUGUAAAGCAGCAGCCAAUAUAGCCGAUAAGCCGAGUUUUCCAAAGAUCAAAGGGAAUCAAGUGGAAGAAGAAGCAGCACAACAACAACGCAAGCUCGCCACGUCAGUGGGAGUGAGCGAGAGCGCAAAACACUAGCGCACGGGAGUAAACGAGAGAUCGAUAGACAAAAAGAACGAAAAUGUUUAGUAACUUUAAGGAGCGUAUUAUUUCGGCCAUAGCGCCCGACUUGCCCCCCCUGCCGGGCAGCGGGGAGCGGGCCAUUGGCGCUGGAAGCGGGCACCAUCACAGCUCGCCGCACCAGCGACUCCGGUUCGGCGGCUCCGGCGGACACCCAAUGCCGGACAAGUUCCCCUAUGCCCGGCCGCCCUUUCUGCAGCUUCUCACGCCGGACGAACUGCGCGCCUCGGCGGACCACAAUGUGCGUCCCAUCAUCGUGCCGCGUGACAUCAACCUCCUGCCCUGGGGCACCGGAUACGCCGAGUGCGUCAAUUCCGGCAAAUCCGAGUGGAACGAGGACCAGGGCGCCUUCUGCCGGCAAGUUCUUUCGGAUCCGGAGCAUAAACACCCAGAUCUCCCGUACACAUACUUCGGCAUUUUCGACGGACACGCCGGAUAUGGAGCCGCACUAGCUGCCUCGCAUCAGUUUCAUCACAUCCUGCACGAGAAGCUAGUGGACUGCCUGGAGCUGCUCCUUCCACGGGAUGCGGACGCCACAAAUGGUGGCGGGGAUGGCACCAAGCUGAAUCCCACAUUCCCGCACCCCAUUUACUUCCAGCGCCGGGUGACCAAGGACGAGCUGAUCAUCGGGGCGCUGGAGAGUGCCUUCUUCAACAUGGACUCGCUGAUAGCGCAGGACAGUGAUCGUUAUCGAGAUGCCGGCGGUUGCACCGCAUGCGUUUCAUUGUUUAUCGAUGGCAAGAUGUAUGUGGCGAAUGCCGGAGACUCCAGAGCUGUGCUCUGCCAGCGGCGUGCCACUCCUGAGAGGCCACAAACAAAUACUGACUCUGGAAUCGAGCCGGAUCCCUUGGAAGCUAGCUGUUAUCCAGUGCCGUUCUCGGCAGACCACACGCCUGAAACUGAGCGCGAACGUCUGCUGAAUGUCGCCAGAUUGAAACCGCACCUCAUGGGGAACCAUUAUGUGGCCAUGGAGUACGCAAAGCGGCCGCACGUCAAGGACAUGGGGCAGCGCAUUCUCUGCCGACAGGGCACCAUGCGUGGCUGGACAUACAAGACCCUGACCAUGGGAGAUCUCUGCAUGCCGGUGGUCAACGGCGAGGGCAAAAGAAGUCGUUUGCUGGGUACGCUAGGAGUCACGCGCGGCUUUGGCGACCACGAGCUUUUGGCUAUCAACACAGGUAUUCAGAUAAAACCAUUCCUCACGCCUCACCCCGAUGUCAGGCAGCGAGAUCUCACACAGGUGGUUUCCAUUCCGGAUGAGGACAACCGGGAUGGCGACUACGGCGUGCUCGUCAUGGCCACCGAUGGCCUGUGGGAUGUGUCCGAAAAUGAGUCCGUUUCUCGCACCGUCUUCCAGACGCUCUCAAAAUAUCCAACGGAAAAACAUCGCUAUACGAUGGUCGCCCAGGAGCUGGUGGCCCGUGCCCGUGGCAAAAUCAAUGACUCCGGGCAUUGGCGACUAGCGGAUAGCAAGGCUGCAGCCACUGUUGAUGACAUCUCGGUGAUUGUGAUCCCGGUUUGCCAGUAUUACAAGGAGCACGUGGAGUGGACGCAAAAUUACAAACGAGAUCUCGAACAUCGUCGCCGCCAGGCUCAGGCCAAUAUGGCCCAGGAAGCAGUCAACGUGCUCAAUGGCGUAAUUGCCGAGGAAGCUCACGUAGUCGAAGAGGAAGAGGAAGGCGAGGUGGUUGUUCAUGAGCCCAGGACCUCUCACAAGCAUGCGGAAGCUCCAAGGCGGGUGGACGGGACGGUCGAUGACACCCUGGUGGUAGAGCUGACCCCUUCGCUGGAGCAAGUUCAUCUUAAGGACCCGGAUACAGCAGCAGCCGAGUCCAGCAAGGAGAAAACUAAUGAUAAGGACAAAGAGGCGGGCACGACGCGACAGCAGUCACAACAACAACAGAAGGGUCGCAAGGGCAAAGGCAAGCACUAGGACGAAGGUCCUGCCACACAGGCCUAUACAUUAGUCGUAAUUAGACACAGCAAUAUUCGAACGGAUACAGAUGCGUCAGUAAUAGGCCCAUCUAUAUUUUUUUACACUCCACACACGAGGACGAACUCAAAACAUUCAAAGUUUACAUAAUUUGCUUAUGUACAACCCAAAACAAAACAAAACGGAAACACAAGUCAACUUAAUUAAACUGUACAAUAUUUUGCUGUAA